AUGACGCUCGUUGAGUGUCUUCAGCGUCUUGAACGGUUACAGGUCAAUGCGAUCAAAGCCAAGAAUUUGCUGACAGUUCAUUUGCUUGGUGCCGAUCACCGCGAGGGUAAUACUGGAGCUGAGACUUUCGAGGUCUUUCGAACGUUUACGCAUCACGUCGCGACUCGGAUGCGUAUCACGUCACUACAGCUCGUGUUGGUAGGGCCCAAUUUAUCCAGCAAACUCCAUCUCCAGCAGGUUCUACAAAGCUACAAGAAAUCAAAUGACAAAGCAGAUACCACGAUGUGUCACGUGGACAUGAGGUACUUUGUAGGCGGCUUUGAAGCCUAUUUCAACGACAAGAUGCUGUAUUGUCCACCAGACCUCGUCGUUUGCUUCAAUGCUGGUAUUUGGGGCUAUGACGAGUGGCUACCGGCUAUUCGACUCGUAUUAAGAGAGGUACAAGUACCUUUACUGAUCACCUCGUAUAAUGAACACGAAGCUGAAGACGACGAGGACGUACUGGACAAAUUGACGCCGUUUCAGUGGCUCUGGAGACCGGAGAAGAAUUUGUAUGGAGCUAGCACACCACGCGCCACGGACAAUGAGGAGGGGAGGAUUCUCAAGGAGAAUAACUACUGGAUGUGUCUGACUGGCAGGCUACAGUGA